AUGGCUGUUGGACUGUUGGACACUGGUGAAUUUGCAGAUGCCACAUGUUGCACCAACCAGAUGAGCCUUGACAUUCCAUGCCACUUCUGCAAUGCCUUCACCGUCAAUGGCAGGCGGAACGCCUCGCGUCUCGCCCUUUGGGAAAACGUCGAGGCGAAGCGUCUGCCCUUCGAGGGCCUCGGCGCGCUGAGCGCCGGCGCCUCCUCAAGGCUGCUGCAGGACUAUCCUGAAGCACAACGGAAUGAGAUCUUGGACCUUCUGUUCAAACCACAGUAUGGUGCUUCUUUGCAAGUUCUGAAGGUUGAGAUUGGUGGCGAUACACAGCAGCUCACUCAGGGUGCGUCGGGUGAAGGGCCAUUUAGAAAGCAUGGUCCAGAGCUGAUUGAUGUCAUCAGCUUCGGCCUUGCGCUCAACGCGUGCAAGAAGGCGAAGACCUGGCGAAAUGCCCUGGAGUUGUUCUUCCAGAUGCCCUCAAAGAAGGUCCUUCCCAACUCCGUCAUCCUCAAUACCUUAAUUGCAGCCUCGGCAUUUUCCUGGUCUCUGAGCUACUUCUUUCUCAGCUCUGCUGGAGUUCUUCGUGUGCAGAACGAUGUGCGCAGCUGGGGCAGUGCGGCCGCGGGCAUGGAGAACUGGCAGCUGGCGCAACGGAUGCUCUGGGACGUUGAGGCCUCGACGGUUGAAUUGGAUGCCAUGUCCUACACGGCAGGAAUGCUUGCCUCGGCGCAGCAGGGCCACUGGCGCCGCGAUGUGGAGCGUUUGGCGAAGAUGGCGAUGUUUUCGGAGCGUCAGGGGGCAGUAAGGGCGGUGUGCCAGUCCUGUUGCGAAGGAGCUGCUUGGCUCAUGGCAUGCGAUUUCCUCGUCGCCCGUGAUGCCUUCGUGGUCGCCAGCAGUGGCAAAGCCUGCGUUGCUGCGUCGCAGUGGUCAAGGACACUGGCAGUUCUCUGCCGUUCCGGGCUGCAGUUGGACCUGGUGUCGCGGAACGUGGCACUCGAGGCCGCCGUCCAAAGCGGCUGGAAGGAUGCGCUGCUGCUGCACGCGCUGUAUCCUUUCGCCCCCGACCGCAUCGCCUGCAACAGCAUCUUGCGCGCCUGCGACAUUGCCGCCUGGCCCAAAGCGCGGGAGAUCUUCGCAGGAAUGGCCAGUUCCAAUCUUCAAAUGGCGGCCGAAAGUUGCAGCGCUGUCAUCGCCACCUCCCCUGGGCAUUGGGAGAUGCUUGUUGGGCAAAUGCAGCAAAAGUGUCAGCUGAAUUCCGUGGUGUACAAUGCAGCUAUCAACAGCUGCGAGUGGAGACAAGCCUGGCAGUUGUUGCAGCAGAUGCGUGUGAGGUCGCUGCGGCAGGACUCCUGCCGGAGGAGGGGUCUUCGGGAAAGCUCAGCAUGUUCAGCCAAUCCGGUAGGAAACGCAGUUGCACACUGGGGUCCACACUGCCAAAACAUGCCAAAACUAGAUUCGAACAUAGUUGAUCAGCUGGGAAGAAAACUUCGCAACAGUGAUUAA